AUGGCGUCGCCGCGUGCACAGGGAGACCAAAUCACGCCCGGGGGGGCUAGCCCCGACCAGCAACAAGAUUCCUCUAUCUCUCCUUCACCACAGGGGACCACCGAAGGGCUACAGCCGCUCAGGGGCAAAGAGAAGAAGAGGGUUGGCUUUGCGAGUGACAGUAACGGUAGCACUCUCGGCAGCCCAUUCCGUGUCACGCCCAAUGAACCGCAGUAUGACGGCCAGGAUUACUUCUCCUACGCUCCAUCGCCAUACAGCAACGGCUCUACUCCCUUGAACGGCGAACACUUAACCAGACGACCUUCUGUCGACGAGGCCGAACUUGCCGCCGCGGUGGCCGGGUAUUUCGAAAAGAACCAGGCCGGUGGCCAGCCCGGCCCGAGCCGACCUCGUCCGGUGCUUCGGAAGUCGUCUGCUCUCCCAACAUCCGCCGACAUGCCAACCACACCCCACAGGUCUGAAGUCGAGGCCAAGAACCGGGCGGAUCGGCUCGCUUAUGCCGUCGGGACUGCCUCGGCUCCCGUAUCAAGGCGGGCGUCAAUCGACUCCGGAAGAGGAACCAUCGUCCAAGACCGCUUGCUCGACUCGGCAGCCUCCUCGGCCCAAGAUUUUACGUUCCCCUCGGGAGACUCGGAGAAGGUCAGGCCUCGCAGAAACGCACAGUUCGAGGCCGAUCAACUCGUGCGGACCCAUCGACGCCACAAGAGCCCGUUGCUGAACUCGUUCCUCCCCCCGAGGUCUGGCACCGCCACGCCAAUUGACCACGAUUGGGAAUAUGUGCCCGCGCCGAGCACAUACAAGGGCGGCAUUUUAGGAACGUUGCUGAAGCUAUACGGUGGCGAGGACAGGUAUGGCACCGCAUACCCCGACUCUAGCGCAGCGAGCACGCCGGGGAGCACUCCCCCGACCUCGAGGUCCAGCACACCGAAACCGGAUAACCGCCGCCCCCGACCAUGGAGGACCCAGUCGUCGAGCACCUUGACAGGCCUCAUGGAGUCUUCGUUUAUGUUCGCUGCCCCCGGAUCUGCUAAGGACAUCUCUGACGCAGUGUCCGAGAAGGUGAAGUUGGAGGCGGGCAAGGCCAAGAAACCAUCAAAAUCCAGGAAAAAGAGCGACGAGUACCGCAUCAAGAUUCACAUCGCCGAGAUCAUCAACCGCCACGCCUACCUGCUCAAACUGUGCAGGUCCCUCAUGAUCUAUGGUGCUCCGACCCACCGGCUGGAGGCGUACAUGACGAUGUCGGCUCGUGUGCUCGGGAUCGAGGGCCAGUUCUUGUACCUUCCGGACACCAUGAUCAUCUCGUUCGAUGAUAGCAACACUCACACGGCAGAAGUCAAGAUUGUGCGUGCCGGUCAGGGCCUCGACUUUGGUCGCUUGCGCGACGUCCACGAGAUCUACAAGGAGGUAGUGCACGACCGCAUGGGCGUCGACGAAGCAACCGCACGCUUAAAGGACAUCACGGCUCGCAAGCCAAAGUUUCCCGUCUGGCUGCGCAUCUUCCUCUACGGUAUCGCCUCGGCAAUGGUUGCUCCAUUUGGCUUUGAGGGCCGUUACAUCGACAUGCCCAUCUGCUUCAUUCUCGGCUGCCUCGUUGGAUUCCUGCAGCUUUUCCUCUCGCCGUCGAACGAACUCUACGCCAACGUAUUCGAGAUUACAGCGGCAGUUGCGACCUCAUUUUUGGCCCGGGUGUUCGGUUCGAUCUGGGAUGGCGAGCUCUUUUGUUUCUCGGCUCUCGCACAAGCAUCCAUCGCUCUGAUCCUGCCGGGUUACAUGGUCCUUUGCGCGAGCUUGGAGCUGCAGAGCCGUCAGUUGGUUUCGGGGUCGGUCCGCAUGGUUUACGCACUCAUUUACACCCUCUUCCUUGGCUACGGGUUCACCAUCGGGUCGGUCAUUUACGGAUACAUGGACAGCAACGCCGUCAGCACCGUGCACUGCUCGGUCGGCGAUAGCUGGUACACGCAGCGACCGCCGGAGAACUACUACCUGUUUUUCGUCCUCUCCUUUACCCUAUGCCUCUGCGUCAUCAACCAAGCCCAGUGGAAACAAACACCAGUGCAAGUCUUCAUUUCUGUCGCCGGCUUUUGCGUCAACAACUUCGCGUCGCGCUUCUUCAAGGGCAACGGCAUUGUCUCGAGCUCUCUGGGCGCGCUCACCAUCGGUGUGCUCGCCAACCUCUACUCCCGCCUCGGCCGGUACGCACAGAACUGGCUUCUCGAUAUCUGGGAGCAGCAAAUCGAGCCCCGCCUCAACCGGCUCACCGGCAAGCGCGCACAGCACUCCCCCUACUACAACUGCCCGCCAGCGGUCGAGUCGGACGAGACGCUCGCGUCGGCCAACCCCAAGAUGUCGCCGCGGGACCCGGAGAUGGGCGGCGAGAACCCGGACCCGUCGGCGGGCCUCACGCCGCGCGCCCGCAAGAUCGGCUACGGCCUCGCCGCCGCCGCCAUGCUCCCGGCUAUCUUUGUCCAAGUGCCGUCGGGCCUGGCCGCCAGCGGCUCGCUGCUGAGCGGCGUCACCAGCGCCGACCAGAUCGUCCACAACCAAACCAUUUUGGCCAACGGCACCAUCGUCAACGGCAGCAUGUCCAUGACCACGACCCAGUCUGCCGACUUGAACAACUCGGCGUUCAACGUGCUGUUCAGUGUGAUCCAGGUUGCUAUCAACAUCUCGGUGGGGCUGUCGCUGAGUGCGUUAUUGGUGUACCCGCUCGGGAAGAGGAGGAGUGGGUUGUUCAGUUUCUAG